GCUGUCUUUCUUGUUUACAUUCUCCGGGGCUCUGCGAGCUAACUGGCGAAGGGAACCGCUACGGCUUUUCCAAAACAAUGUCUGACAGUUGAUUAAAAUCGUGGAUUUAUUGCAGUUUUCUGCUCUAUUUCCUCUGUGUUGUUUUGGGGGUCAUGGCUUCCCCUCGCUGGUGCUGCCUCGGGGUGUCGUUACCGCUCCUGCUACUGCUGCUGCUGCGGUGGCCGGGGCUGCUGGCGGUGGCGGAACAGGUUGCUCUGGUAGAGAUUUUCUUGGAACAGCGGCCAGAUGCGAGCGACCUGCUCCAGGGGGAAGUGGUUGAGUCCCGCCUGGGCGGUGGGAGCUCCGAGCAGCGGGACGAGGAGCGAGAAGAGUUGGAGGCAGACCUGGUCCUGGUUAGAGAUGAGGUGACACCAGUGGAUGAAGGAAACGAUGAGGCUGACAUCAAGAAGCAGGAGCCGUGGAUCGGGGUUGUGCCCGUGGAGAUAGACGAAAGCAAAGCCUCGACUGGGAACCAGGAGUCCUUCGCUGAUGCUGUGGUUAAUAAAAUGAAGCGAGCGUUGGUCCUCGGAGCGUCGGCGCUGAUUAUUCUGGCUCUCAACCAAAACACCGUCAGUGAGAUGGAUUUAUCCCAGGUGCUGUCCAAGCCCAUCAUUGUGAUCCAGACAUCAGAAAAUGUGACCAAGCUGAUCGGAGCACUGCUCAGGGGCCUUCAGGCGACGGCAAAAAUCACAUACAAGACGAUCCUGCAGGACAACCUGGGAGCCACGCUCACGCUGUGGUCCAGCUGCGGGCGGUCGAGAGGAGGUCGCUACGGGGAGUGGCAGGGGGUCAUCUGCACCGGCGAGACCAACUCUCAGGUCCAGAAGUACCUGCAGCAGCUGUGGGACACCGUCCUCCUGGUGGCUCUGAUCCUCAGCACAGGAGUCAUCGUUCAGGCUCGCUGGCAGUACCAAGGCCGCCAGCUGAACGACGACUUAGAGCUCCUUCCCAAACAGGACGUUCUGAAGAGAAUGUCAUCCCUGAAGACCAAACGAUACCGUCAGCCCAAACCCUGGUGUGACCCGUCGCAGCUGGCAGAGGCGGAAACCUGCGCCGUCUGUUUGGAGCCUUUUAACAACAACCAGUGUCUGCGGGUGCUGCCGUGUCUUCACGAGUAUCACAGAGACUGUGUCGACCCCUGGCUGCUGCUGCAGCACACCUGUCCUCUGUGCAAGCGCAGCAUCCUCAGCAGCAUCUGCAAAGACAGUUAACAGUCGUUUCAUCUCGGGGACUCGGUUCACAUCCCGACCUCAGUGACACUUGUUUUUUGUUUUUGGUUAAAGCGACCUCAACACUUCCACCUUCCAGCUGUGGAUUUGGGAGCAUAAAGUUGUCAUCGCUGCUGACCGGCCAUCAGAUUUUAACCUCUACAACAUACAGUGGUAGUUUAAAGCAGUACUACGAAGUUCCCCACUGGUCGUGUUAUCUGUGAACAGAACUUCUUCUUGAGAUCUUGUUACUGUACAACUCGGUGUGUAAACAGCAGCAAAUGCAACUGUUUUUGGGAUCAGUAUGUGUAAAAACUGACAACCUCAGUAUCUGAGUCAGCUGCUGGUGCAAAGGCGUUCAAUGCUUUUAUGUUUUUAGUGUGGAUGUACUGAUCACCUGGUUCACUUUAGGUCAAAAUGAUGUCAGUAACCAACAACCAGGGAGGACUGAAAGUUUAAAAAAUGGUCCUCUUUGGUACUUUGCAGUUCAGUGGUAGUUGUGGAGCUUCUGUAGUCAGUGUGUACCAGCUGGUAUCAUGUAGGGAAAAAAACACAUCCUUAAACUCCUCCUUUACCAUUUUAGUUAUUUUUCCUGCGAUUCUCCUUUAAUCAUGCUUAGCAUACAUCAGCAGCCAGUUUAGUUUCACCUGCACAAUCAGUGAUGCUGAACAGGUAGGAUUGUGUUUGCAGCAUAGAAGGAUAUUUUCCCUUUUUAUGAAGCUCUGUGUAACGAGUGCUCUCACAGCCGCUACAGUUUUACUUUACAAAUCAUAGAUCUGCUGCAGUGUCUUGUCAGCUCUUAUUUUCCAUUUAAAUGAAUUAUCUUUGGGCUCCAUCCUAAAAAAGUCAGAAUACCAGAACCUCGUCAGCUUUAUGGCCCAUCCUCUUUCCUUACCAAUGAGCUGCAGGGCUGCUAAUUUGGAUGUAGCCUGUGGACGGGCCUUAAAUCUCUCUCCUCUGUGGCUCCAGAAAGAGUUCUGGUUGCAUAAAAAUCAACUUAAAAUUACCUUCAGCUCUCUUUCUUUGUUAGCUUUCAUAAACCCUGUUGUCACUUUCAAGUCUUAUUGAAUAAAACGUCAGGUAGUGAGCAAACAGCAGUUUAUGCAACAGGACUUUUGUAUACAGUCUGUGCUCCACCCAGAAUCUGCAACGGGUGGGGAAGUCACUCACAUGUUGACACACCAGGGUAACUGAAGCAUCAGGACAAAGUCUGUUAACAGCUGUAGUCCAAAAGCUGGUGUUGGAGUCUGUCCACAGGACUCACAGAGGAAAAUGAAUGAAACAGGACUGACAUCACUUCCUGUCCAAUCCUGAAAUCACAGAAACCAAUCAGGGCCAGAGGCUUUGGGACAGGUGAGGGUUAACUGGUUAGAAUUGACUGAACAUGACAUGUAACGCCUUCAAGGGUGGGAGUGUCCGUCCAUCUCUUUUUCAAAAGUUUAUCCAAUUUAAGGUUGGAGGGAAAGUCCAGAUGAAGCGAGCUCUUCCUGUCAAAAGGGAGUUCUUCCUUUCCACUGUUGCCAAGUUCCGCUCAUAAGGGGGUCAUGUUUUUGUCUUUUUAGUUUUCUCUCCCAGAGGUUUACCUAACAAUAAUGUAUAUAUACUUAGAUAUGGAAAUUAAACUAAACUAAAUCCACUGCACAACCAUUUUGACAUUUUAGAUUACAAGCCAAGACUAUUGAGUUAAUUAACGACGUGCAGAGGUGCAGACAGGCAGAUUUAAUCAUGUUUGGACAUAGUUGAGUUUUGGUUUUUUUGUCCCCGUGUUUGAUGUAAAUGGCAGUAGGUUCGUACAGUUUACUAACACAGUAACAACAUUCUCACCUGAUUUUAAGUAAAAAUGUCAAACAGCUCUUUGGAAGACAUCAUAUCCAAACUGUGAUUGAAGUAAAUCUCUGCAGUGCUGAAGCACAGAAAGGAAGCAGCGUACUUACCAAAGCUGAAGAUCAUUAUCACCGUUUUUACUCUGAAGUGUAUUUCCUUACUUUGCCAAUAACCACAAACUCAAAGUAUGUUAAACAUAUAGUUUUAUUGUAUUUAUUUUGUGAUGUUUUUUUGCAAUGCCAACUCCAAAAAGCAGAACUUUGUGCUGAAAUUGUUACAAAAAGCUCAUCGCUGAAUAGAAAAUAGCGUGUGCGUGGCAGUGUGUAGGAGGUUCUCCACGAGGACCGUCCUUACAGAAAGUGCUUCCAAACACAAACGACAGCAUCGUCAUGAGUUGGAGUUUCCUCAUUUAUGGUGAAGUCUGGACAGCAGUGGCGUGAGCGGAGUAGAUGAUGCUACACGUGUGCAGCAGCUUUCGCGCGUGCUCGAACAGGACGAGUCGGCUGCUGAAUUCCAGACUCGAUCUCCAGGUCAGUAAUUGUUCUUCCAGCUACAGAAGGAACUCCUGAACGUCUCCUCCUUUUACUCCUAUGUAGUCUGUUUGUCGAUGAUGAUGAUGUCAAAGAAACUUUGUUAGAUCACUCUGGAUCUUAAUAAUAAAAUGAUUUGUUACA